AUGGACAUAUGGAAAGAGAAAAUUCCUCCAGAGGGAACAGUGCUGGAAAGGGGGCAAAAUGAAACCCCUCAAGAUUGGUUCAAGAUCACAAUUCCUUAUGGGAGAAAGUAUGACAAGACUUGGCUACUGAAUUCCAUCCAGAGCCACUGCACAGUUUCCUUCACUCCAGUUGAUUUCCACUAUGUAAGAAUGCAGGUCAAGUUCUUUGUCCAGGAUGCUAGCGCUGCCUCUGCAUUAAAGAACGUCAGGAUUUAUGAUGAAGAGAACCGAAAGAUAAAUAUUUAUGUCAAUUCCUCUUCUGUGCCCUAUUCUGUGCAGAAUAAGUUGGGGCCAGAACAAGUUGAGCAACUAAAGCUAACCAUGAACAAACGAUAUAAUGACUUCCAGCAAUCUCUUGACCUCCAGAGCUUACGCUUUGACCCAGACUUAGUAGGACAUGAUAUUGACAUGAUCCUGAAUCGAAGAAAAUGCAUGGAUUACACCCUGAACAUCAUCAAAGAGAAUUUCCCUGAGCUGUUGUCCUUGAACUUGCGCAACAACAGACUGUACCAGCUGGAUGGGCUGUCUGAUAUUGUACAGAAGGCCCCCAGACUCAAGAUCCUGAACCUCUCCAACAAUAAGCUGAAGUCAGUGUGGGAGUUGGAAAAGAUAAAAGGGCUAAAACUCGAAGAACUGUGGCUACAAGGAAACGCUUUGUGCAAUAACUUCUCAAUGCAGUCCAACUAUGUGAGUUCCAUCCUGCAGUUGUUCCCCAAGUUAUUACGCCUGGAUGGCCAGGAGUUACCCACAUUAAUGACCUCUGGCUCUGAAGACAGUAAGAAGUUACCAGUCUCUAAGGGUAGCUUCUUUGGAUCUGAGACUCUGAAGAAUCAAGUGUUCCAGUUCUUAAGGCAGUAUUACUGGAUGUAUGACCAUGGGGACCGUCAGGGUCUUGUGUGUGCAUACCAUGACGAGGCCUGCUUCUCAAUGACCAUUACCUUUGACCCUGAGUACCCAGCUCCAAGCAGCUUGGGCAAGUAUUCCAGGGAGAGCAGGAAUAUGAAGAAGAUCAAGGACCCUGUCCAGCGGAUUUGUUUGCUGAAACACAAAAAACAUGAUGUUGUUAACUUUCUCAACGUAUUGCCCAAAACACAACAUGACUUCAACUCUCUCUUGGUAGACAUGUACAUGCACACUGUGAGCACCUGCUUCCUCCCUGAGGCCCAGACAGAGGAGGUGGGUAGGAGCCUACGUAUCAUGAACGACCAACUGUCUGUGAGGGAUGCCAGCCCCAAAGAGUUCCUGAGUGCCUUCUCCACCCCAGUAUUCACACCCUCUUCCACCUCCAUGUCCACCCUCUCCCAGGAGCAGCAGGAAAUGAUGGUGGGGUCCCCCACCCAGUCUGGGAUGGACCUGGAGUGGUUUCAGAAGUGA